UUAGAAACGUUCCUGCCAUCGUUAUUCAGCUAUGUGAAUAUUUAGGCACUCUUAUCGGAAUAUAGAAGGACACGUAAAGUCUUGUUCCAUCUCCAUUCGGUCAGCAUCGUUUGCAGCGGCAGCCAACAUGUUUCCACCAAAGUCCUUCGAGUUAAUCAACAUCUUAACUGUACUGGCCAUCCUCUACUGCGAUGGUGCACCUCAGUAUGGCCCCGUUUAUUACCUUCCGCAUUAUUACGUCUUGGUACCAAUAACUGAAGCACCAGUCACUAACGCAACUGAUCAAGAUUUGCCCACCUUUCGAAUCCUCUGCAAUCCCCUAUCAACGUGCAAGACCAACGCUGGCUGUUCCAGAAACCUCAUCCUGAAAAGCUGUCGUAGCCUUUUAGGUACCAAGAAACAUUGCUGCGUUUAACACAUAAAGGCUUCAAUAAUUCCGUGAGGUAUUUGAAAUGCAUCACGUCUUAUUUAGCACCCAUCUACCCAUAGAAAGUUGAUUCAUUUUUGUUUUAGUCUUCUAUAUUUAAGGCAGGUAUAUCUUUCGAUUGUAAUAGACAUGCCUCAAGUGGAAUACACUUGCAUUAUUCA